CAAAUGGAAAGACCUAUGCAACAACACUACUACACUCGCGAGAGCGAAGAAACACAGAAGAAUCUCUUUAGACUUGCACCGAAACCCUAAUCUCUCUCUCGGAGAUCGGCCAUGGCUUCCUCUAAAGAUCGCGAAAACUACGUUUAUCUCGCCAAGCUAGCUGAACAGGCGGAGCGCUACGACGAGAUGGUGGAUGCAAUGAAAAAUGUUGCAAAGCUUGAUGUUGAACUGACUGUUGAAGAGCGCAACUUGCUCUCUGUUGGGUACAAGAAUGUGAUCGGUGCUCGAAGAGCUUCAUGGAGGAUACUUUCAUCAAUUGAGCAAAAGGAAGAAGCAAAAGGAAAUGAAGUGAAUGCCAAGCGGAUUAAGGAGUAUAGGCAGAAAGUUGAAUGUGAGCUCUCAAGCAUUUGCAAUGAUAUCAUGACUGUCAUUGAUGAGCACCUCAUCCCUUCAGCGCCUGCUGGUGAAUCAUCUGUGUUCUUCUAUAAGAUGAAAGGAGAUUAUUAUCGAUAUCUUGCUGAGUUCAAGGUUGGUGAUGAAAAGAAAGAGGUUGCUGCUAAUUCAAUGAAAGCAUAUGAGAAAGCUACUAGUGCUGCAGAGGCUGAUUUGCCUCCUACACAUCCUAUCCGAUUGGGUUUGGCAUUGAAUUUCUCAGUCUUUUAUUAUGAGAUCAUGAAUUCCCCCGAAAGGGCUUGCCACCUUGCAAAGCAAGCUUUUGAUGAAGCUAUUUCAGAACUGGACACCCUGAAUGAGGAGUCGUACAAAGAUAGCACCUUAAUUAUGCAGCUUCUUAGGGACAACCUCACAUUAUGGACUUCUGAUAUCCCAGAAGAUGGAGAAGAUGCCCAGAGGAUGAAUGGCACUGCCAAAGUUGGUGGGGCAGAGGAUGCAGAGUGAUGGAGAAAGCAACUUGGCCCUGCUAAGUGUUUGAAGGGAAGGGACAAGACUUGAUAGCCAAUCUAGCUAUUAAUUAAAAAGGCCCCUUGUAUUUUUCUUGCUGUCUUUUUCUUUUUAAAUUGCCAUAUUAUGGUGUGGUAAACUGUAGCAUAUGUGUCCAAACAUGAUGAUUGGUUCUACUGGUACUCAUCCAAGUGUUCACUCCCUGUGAUGACGGAUGGAGUGUAGAGGCUUAGCCUGAUUACUCUUAAGGUGUUUCUCUAAUUUGAUGUAAAUGCCACAGGAGCAUUUCUGCUCUUUGGGUUUCUUCUAUGCUUAUGUUUGAAAUUGCUAGAAA